AUGUUUCGAAACCCAUGGAUCUCUAGUUACCAUGUGAACCAUGAGCAGCCAGGUGGCCAAGGGUUUGGACCUAAAACUCGGAACAAGCUUUGCAGCUCAGCCUCAUUGCCAACAGAGGCCUUAAGUUUUCAGAGUGACUUCUCCCUGGGUGACAAGACCAGCUUGGUCAAGAGUGUUUCAGAUACAGAUGCCAAACUUCUGGCUGUCCUUCCCAAGGUUUCAGAGUUGAAGAAAUACUUUGAGGGAGCUGUCACAAAGGAUUUGGGAAUGAACAGGAAGGAGAGGAUAGCCCGGCGCCUGGAGGGGAUGGAGAGUGAUGCUCCCCCUGCGCUGGUGCCCGGCGGUUUGGUCGCCAACAGGAUGCUGGAGGAGGAUCCUCCGCGGUACACCCGCGCCUCAGAUCCCUGUGAGCCCUGUGUGAUGGUGAGGCGCUACAGCAGAGAGGAGUUGGAGACACCCCAGAAGCAGCUGUCAUCUCUAGACAGAUCACCUCAGGUCAAAGGUGGCGUUGGCACCGGCCGUCAGGAGCCAUUGUUGGUGUAUGUUGACCCAGUAACGUUAUCCACCUCCUCUACACCCACUUCUGGCCCCGCAAACCCCGCCAGCCUCAGUUCCAAGGCUGAACGCAUCGCCCGCUACAAAGCCGAGCGUCGCCGCCAGCUGUCAGAGCGUUACGGCAUCCUCCUGGAUCAGGAGGCGGACAUCGAUUUCACACCACGCUACCGCUCUCGGCGUGACACAGACACCUCAGACCGACAAUUGUCUGCCAGGCGAGAGGGAGACAGACAGGAAGCUGAGGAACAAGGACGGGAGCCCAGGGUGCCAUAUCGUGCUGGAGUGGGCAAGGUUUACAUGAGGACACACCCAGAUCCCGCACCUGUUUCCACCUCCAGCCCCGCCCACUCAAACCAAGCCCCUCCCCUCACACAAGAAAGGCCCAGAAGAUUUUCGGAGCGAGAAAGAGCGAUGAACAUGGAGAACCACCGGCGGGGUGCGGGUCAGGAGCGCUCCAUCGCUUCUAGAUCCAGAACCCAGGAGCAGCAUCCACCCCAGUCCCAACAACAGCAGCAGCAUCAGCACCACCAGGACGCCGCCCAUCAGGAGUCAAGCCCCGCCUCCACCAGGGAUUACAGCAUCGCAGCGGUGCCCAGCUCCCCUCGCACCGCCCGCCGGGCCUCCCUGCCCUCCACUCGCUACGGCAUCUCACCUGGAGAUUUGUUCAUAGAGCAGCAGGCCCAGAGCAUCCUCAACAGACAGGGAAUCCGGGUAAGGGAACGAUUGUCCAGGGAUGAAACUGUCCAGAGGCCCCCCGACUGGAGUCCAGAUAGGAACCAGGGUAACAGACAACGUACUCAGGGGAACUCUGCUCCGUACAGCCCACAACGCUCAGAACCCACCCACCAAAGGACCGUUCCCCAGCCUCAGCCAAGCUCAGGCCUCCAUCCUGCCCACGGCCAAACGGCUUACCCUCCCUCCGUCACUGAGUACCAACACUCUGGCCCUGCCGUUGACUCUCAGCCCUAUUUGGCCAUCCCUGCCCCAGUGACCGCUGCCAAACUUCCUGGACCUCCUGAGGUGCAACCAAGAAGGAGAGUGAGUGCCGACCAAAUCCAUGCCGCCCAAAGGGAGGCAAGAUUGGAGGCCAGGCAGGCCCUGAAGGAAGAGGUCCAUACAGAGGGCCUGCUGAAGAGCAGGAAAGCCGUUUUGCCCUCGGAGAUCCGCAGGAGGGAAAAGAGUGUGGAUGACCCUCACAGGGGCCGGCAUGAAGACAUGGACUGGCAGAACUACAGCCCAGAACAGAGGAGGAUCAGUCGAAGUGAGGAAGACUGGGAUCGGGAGAGACCGAGGGAGAGGGGGAGGGUAAGAAAUGUGGAGAGGAUCAGAGAAAGAGGGAGAGAGCAUCUCUCUAGCCAUGACAGCCAAGAGGAGAAAGUGAUUAGAUCUAUGCAGCCUUCCCACGCCUCUGUACUCCAGGAGCCCAGACAGCAUCAAUCCUCGGAACCUGUGUACCAUCAAGAGCCACAAAUUCAGCAGCAAGAGCCCCCAACGCAACCACAGUAUGAACCCAGAAAGAGACAACAUGUUGCUCAAAUUCAACAACAAGAACCUCCAAUGCAGCAUCAGUACGAGCACUCUAGACAGCCGCAGGAGCCUCAAAAACAACAGCACUCUCAAAGACAGCAGGAGUGCGAGCUCCAAAGACAAGAGCCUCCAAAUCAGCAGCAGGACUCCAGGAGAAGUCAACAAAAUCCCCAACCAGACUUUGAGCCUCAGAGGCAGCAGCAGCGGCCGGACCCAUCGGGGAACCAGAUGUUUGACUCGGCCAUCUAUCUCCAGAAGGGCUCCUCUUUGCCGCAGGCCAAACAAAGAAGCACGGAGAUGAGCGGAGGGCCCAAACCCAAGAUAAGAAUCCGCGCCAUGUCAGAUAUAGGCAUAAGCGAGCAUUCUACCAUGUAUCGUAUGGAGAGGGCGGCGGCCAACAGAGAGACGACGAGGGCCGUCCCUCCAACAGGGAUGUCUAACGGAGAGAUGGGCUCCCUGGACACCAGGGUGUCAGUAGCACAGCUGCGACACUCAUAUCUGGAGAAUGCCAACCGGAAACCUGAGCUUGACACUACUAAAGUAGAUCUGUCAGCCACGGAGGUAGAACCGGCAGUAGAUCGCAGCAGCGAUCGAGACAGGGGUCCUCGGAGGCCUCGGCGCUACAUCACUCCAGGAGACAGUCGCAUGUCGGAGAGGUUUAGGACCCAGCCCAUCACGUCUGCAGAGCGGCUGCAGUCAGAUAGGUCUCGUCUAAGCCCAUCACAGCUACAGGAUCCCGAAGAUGAAGGAAAAGUGGACGAUAGAGCCAAGAUGAGUGUGGCUGCCAAGAGGUCUCUCUUCAGGGAGCUGGAAAGGACAUCAGAUGUUCCCAAACCGCGCUCUCGGAACAUUGCCGUAGAAAGGCGUCUGAGAAGAGUUCAGGAUCGGUCACACACUCAACCCGUCACCAACAAGGAGGUGGUCACUGCUUCAAGUGAACCUGCCACGUCAUCACAACCUCUGAGCAUCCACACUAAUGUAGCUCGUGUCCCCAGCCCCACUAUGGUCAGCACCAGUGUGACCAGCAUCAGCUUACAGGCCACCUCGCAGCCCGACUCAGCAGUCCAGGAUCAGGAUCAGGAGACCCAGGAGCACCAGAAACCAGCUCAGGCUCCCAGCGCUGGGCCACAGGGUGAUGGCCAGGAGCUUUUCUCCGACGAGCCUGACCUUUCCACCCUCACCUUGGCUGAGAAGAUGGCCCUCUUCAACAGCCUCGCUCAGACUACGGGCAAGACCGCUGAGGGGGCCCGCGGAGACACCCGCCAGCGCAGGGCCAACGCCCGAUUUCAGACUCAACCCAUCACCCAGGGAGAGGUAGAGCAGGAAGCUGAGCCGCCGGUAACCUCUGCGGUGCGUAACGGUGACUUACAGGCCAAUCAGGGAGGACAUCUGAAAAACGGAGGUGAGAUCAAACUGGAGCCCCUGUCUGCCUCCCUGAUCCGCUCCGUGGCGGCCGUCACCUCCCAGGCCACUGUCACCACAGUAUCCAUCACUCCGGGCAGCAGCGCCGUCUGCGAUGACGACUGUCUCCGUCCAGGGAAGUCCACCUCCGUCCCCUACAUCCCUGCCCAACAACAGGCUCCUGGCAACGCAAGCAGCCACCAGGAGAGGGCGUUGAUGUAUUUCUCCAUGACCCAGAGCGGAGACCCGGGCCACCCUGAGCCCAACUCCUCCCCUCUCCUCCCUGAGAGCCGGCAGAGAGCGGGGGCUCCUUGCGUUCCCAUCUCCUCAGCAGGUCACAGGCAGCAGGGGGAGGCUGCGGAGGAGGAGGUGGUUCGGGGGAGACAGCAGGGAGGAGCCAGAGGAGACAUCCAAGACGGCAGCAUUAAGGGAAAGCUGCACUCCCCCGACAGGGACCGGGACGGCAGGCAGCAACGGCAGCAUCCCCAGCCUCAGCACCCUGGAGAGCUCUCUUUGCUGAGGGGCGAGUCGGAGCCUCCGCACAGCCGGAGAGCCGCAGACGGACACUCCCAGGAGAGUAGGGAGAGAGCCGAGGGAGGGGGACGAAGGAGAGGAGGGUACCUGAGAGAGGCAGCUCAAGGUUCCUCCACACAGGAGCAGGAGAAGAGCAGCCAGCCAGGCAUCUCAGACCUGCCCGAGCAUCCUGCACCGCCGAGGCCACUGAUAGCUAAAGUGUCAUCCAGGACAGUGUCUCACAUUUCAAGCAGCCUGCAACAAACCAGCCACCAACCUCCUCAAACUCUCCCUAAGCCCUUCACACAGCAGCCUCCUCCGACACCACCCAAACCGUCGACCGACGUCCAGCCUCCACCAACGUACCCCAAACCUUUCGCUCAGUCCCCACAAACCCAGCCCAAACCUCAGGGAUUCAUCCAGCCUCUCCCUAAGCCCUACCCGCAGACGGCCCCCCAGCCGCAGCCCAAACCCCAGGUGCCUCCGCAGACACCACCCAAACCCCAGUCCUUCCCCCAGGCGCUGGUCCACUCACAGUCCCUUUCCCUGGACCACAGCGAGGACUUCGGCAGGCACAGUGUCGACUCUGGAGAUCUGCUGUCCCCCACGGACUCUGGAGAACUACUGUCUGACAGCAUGUCCGCCAAACAGAUGUCCAUCAAGGAGAGAGUGGCACUGCUGAAGAAGAGCGGUGAGGAGGACUGGAGGAACAGGAUCAACAAGAAACAGGAAGUGGUUAAAGUGGUGACCACUGAGCAGCAGGCUCAGCUAUGGGAGUCCGAGCAGACCUACGAGAAGAAGGAGGAAGGGGUGGUCGUUCAAGAGUACUCCGCUGUGUCUGUGUCUGAGCAGUUGUGGGAACCUGUCUUCUCUUCCACCUUUUCUCCUACUAUCUCCCUCGGCCAAAAGUGUCAGUAUAUUGACCAUCAUAGUCAGAAGGUGGGAGAAGAGAUCGAUGCCCAGAUGUCCAUCAACGAGAGAAAACAGAUGAUUUCUAUUCGUGAGGAUGCCUGGAAGUCAAAGGGCAAAGGAGCAGCCAAUGACUCCACCCAGUACACCGUGGCUGCUCGUAUGGUCAAGAAAGGCCUGGCAGCCUCCUCCUCGGUUAUCAGUCCCAUCCUGUCACCGGUCUCCACCAAACUCAAGAGCAGCAUGCCGGCUGUCAACAAACCACAAGAGGAAAUUGAGGCCAGAUCAAAUAUGGAAUCGGACAAGAAACUAGACAAGUUGGAGAGCUUCUUGGGACGUCUCAAUAGCAAAGUGGCAGUUCUGCAGGAAACCACUUUAACAGUCACCGAGAAGGCAGUGAAGGAAGUGAUGAAGCUGGAUGACGAAAUCUUCUCCAAGUUCUACAAACGCGUUGCUGAAUUUCCACGCAUGCCCACGCCCACCAGGAUCGAGAUCAAUGAGGAUUUUGACAGCAUCUUCGGUGUUCAGGGCCCAAAGUUGAUUUCGGCCAUGGUGAAGCACAAGCGGUCGGUGCGUCCGUCCAGGAACGUCCAGGCGUCCAGAAACCCUGUGAAGAUGCUGGCAGCCAGACAGGACAUCAGACACGAGUACACAGAGCAGAGAUUGAACGUGGCACAGCUGGAGAGCAAGAGGAUGAAGGCUGAGAAGAGUGAGCAGAAUAAAUCCUCUGAGUACUCCGAUGCUGCUCUGGCAGGUCUGGCCAGUAAAGAAAACUUCAGCAGCGUGAAUCUGCGCAGCGUCAACAUCUCUGAGCAGAUGUCCAACAACAGCGCCGUGCCGUACAAGAACCUCAUGCUGAUGCAGAUCAAAGGUCGUCGUCACGUUCAGACCAGACUGGUGGAGCCGAGGGCGUCAUCACUGAACAGCGGCGACUGUUUCCUGUUGGUCACUCCAGAGCACUGCGUCGUCUGGCUGGGAGAGUUCUCAAAUGUCAUCGAGAAGGCCAAGGCCAUAGAUUUGGCCACCUUCAUCCAGACGAAGAAGGACAUGGGCUGCAGGGCGAACCAGGUGCAGACCAUCGAGGAAGGGGUCAACCCUCAGGGUCCAGCUACCCAGCAGUUCUGGACAAUCCUCGGAGGACAGGCUGCUUACCAAUCGGCAGGUCCACCAGAGCAGGAUGAGCAGUUUGAGAAUGCCAUUGUGGAAACCAACUGUAUCUUCAGACUGCUGGAUGACAAACUGGUUCCAGACGAUGAAGAGUGGGGGAAGGUCCCUCGAAGCUCUCUGCUGGCGUCCAAGGAGGUGUUGGUGUUUGACUAUGGCAGUGAGGUGUAUGUGUGGCACGGUAAAGAGGUGACUCUGGCUCAGAGGAAAGUGGCCUUCCAGCUCGCCAAACACCUUUGGAACGGAACUUUUGACUACACCUGCUGUGACAUCAACCCACUGGACCCUGGAGGCUGCAACACACUCAUACCCAGGAAGGGCCAGGGCCGUCCUGAUUGGGCGAUAUUCGGCAGGCUGACCGAGCACAACGAGACCAUCUUGUUCAAAGAAAAGUUUGUGGACUGGACCGAAGCGAAGUCGCCAACACCAAAGGAAGGCUGCGAGCUCGUACCUGAGCAGAAGGAGGCCCCAGGACGAGAAUGCCGUCCUUACGACGCCACCUUGAUGCUGCCCGUCCUCCAGUCGUCCAUUGCCACCAUCUUGGACGGUUUAAAUGUCGGCCGCGGCCACGGCCCGGUGAAGACCGAGGACCGCAUGAGGAUUCAGGAGAUCAGCACGGCGUCGGUGGACGUCUGGCACAUCCUGGAGUUCGACUACAGCCGUCUGCCGCGCCAGAGCAUCGGCCAGUUCCAUGAGGGAGACGCCUACGUGGUCAAGUGGAAGUACAUGGUCAACACCUCAGUUGGUCGUAGGCAGAACCCCGAGGCGAGGAGUAGCGGGCCGGGGAAGGAGAAAUGCUGCUACUUCUUCUGGCAGGGUCGAAACUCCACCGUCAGCGAGAAAGGAACGUCAGCGCUGAUGACGGUGGAGCUGGACGAGGAAAGAGGAGCACAGGUUCAGGUGCAGCAGGGAAAGGAGCCUCCAUGUUUCCUGCAGUGCUUCAACGGAGGGAUGAUCAUCCACGCUGGCAAGAGGGAGGAGGAGGAGGAGAACAAUCAGAGUGAGUGGCGCCUGUACUGUGUGCGGGGCGAGGUGUCGGUGGAGGGCCACCUGCUGGAGGUGGCGUGUCACUGCAGCAGCCUGCGCUCCAGAGCCUCCAUGAUCCUGCUCAACAUCAACAAGGCCAUCAUCUACCUGUGGCAGGGCUGCAAGACGCAGCUACACACUCGCAGUGUGGGAAACACGGCCGCACUCAAGAUCAAAGAACAGUGUCCUCUGGAGGCGGGUCUCCACAGCAGCAGUAAGGUGACCAUCCAUGAGUGUGAUGAGGGGGUGGAGCCUGCGGGUUUCUGGGAGGCUCUGGGGAGAAAAGACAGGAAGGCCUACGACUGUAUGCUGCAAGAUCCAGGUAAAUUCAACUUCACCCCACGGCUUUUCCAGCUGAGCAGCACAUCUGGAGACUUUGUGGCGAAUGAGUUCUUCCACCCGUCCAGAGCUCCAGACCUGGUCAGCUCGCUGCCCUUCCUGCAGGAAGACCUGUACAACGCACCACAACAACCCGCUUUGUUCCUGGUGGAUAACUUCCACGAGGUUUACCUGUGGCAGGGCUGGUGGCCUCAGGACAGCGAGAGCACCGGCUCGGCUCGCAUCCGCUGGGAUUCAGACAGAAAGUGUGCGAUGGAGACGGUGCUGCAGUACUGCAAGGAGAAGAACGAGAAGAAGCCUCAGAAGUCGUAUCUGAUCCACGCCGGACUGGAGCCGCUCACCUUCACCAACAUGUUUCCUAGCUGGGAGCACAGGGAGGACGUGGCCGAGAUCACCGAGAGGGAGGCGGAGGUGUGUAACCAGAUCAUCCUGGUGGAGGACGUGUUGGCCCGGCUCUGUCAGAACACCUUCCCUCUGGCUCAGCUGCAGGCCCGGCCGCUCCCAGAGGGGGUCGACCCGCUCCGCCUGGAGAUCUACCUGUCCGACCAGGACUUUGAGAAAGCUUUGGAGAUGACGAGAGAGGAAUAUGAAGGUUUACCAGGGUGGAAGCAAGUGAACUUAAAGAAGGCCAAAGGACUGUUUUAAGGAAGUUU